AUGAAACAGAUAAAAUUAGUUAUGGAGCUGCCUUUGGGCUUAGAACAAAUACUAAUUGGCUAGCUCUACAUGGAUUAUAUUAUCGAUUAUGAUUUGUUAAGAUCUAAUAAAGAAACUAUAGUAUACCCCAAUCAAAAACCUAACGAAAAAGUUUACAUUCUUGGCGAAUCCCUUCCUAGUUUGUAUAGAGAAAUAAUAGGAAAUUAUGGAAUUUAAAUAAUUAGCAAUAAAAUGUACAAUGUUACUAACUAUUCAGCUUCAAUUUAGUGUUAUCAGUUUGAUUUGUUCUAGUGCAACAUUAAUUCAGUGGCUACUUAAGGACCAGUAUCAAAUUUAUAAAUAGACCCAAAUAUUAGAUAUAUCGAUAUUUUGGAUGAGAAAAUAGAUUACUUUAAAGGUUUUGAGGAUGAUAUUAAAAUUAGCUUUUAAUAAAAUUUUAACAUUGAAAAUACAACAAAUUGGCAAAAAAAAUCGAAAAAGAUAACAACAGUUACUAAAAAUAUUCAAUAUAAAAUUUCUUAUGACCCUACUUCGUCUUAGUUGUAGGAAUGCUUGGAAGAAACAAUAAGAAAGUUUUAUAUUUAUUAUUAUAAAUCUAUGCUCAUCACUUACAAAAGAUGGAUAUAAAUGGAUAGCAAAGCAAUCGAAUAGAAAAUGGCUUAAGUAAAGAAUAUGGUGGCAAAGUAUGAUUACAGCUAAUAGUUAUAUCCAUAUAAAAUCAGCAACUUUUAAGAUCUCUAAAAGCAAACUAAUUAUACAAGAGUUGCAAAGAGGAGCCAAAGACUUUUUAAAGAAAAUUCAGUGACAUCUGAAUAGUCAGAUUUAGUAAAGAACAGAUUUCAAAACAGAUUAUAUUAAAAUUAAACAGAAAUUAAUAAUUUACAGAAUUUAUCUCUAAACGCAACAAUAAAUCCUAAUCAAAACCAAAAUAAUAUUACAAAGAACACUUUUAAUCAGCAAAAUUAAUUGAAUGGUUCAUUUUAGCAAAAUUUAAACAUAAAUAAUAACAGUACUCCCUAAACUCCUAAACUUACUCCUUUUGCAGCUAAUAACAAUAGUGAUUCAUCUUCUGAAGUUAUAAUUAAAAGAAAUAUUAUUAGAAAGAAGGCUGGUAUUAUAUAUAAAAAAGGAGAUGGGCCUAUCGACUUUGAUUGGAAUGAAAGAUACUUAGUCUUAGAUUGCGAAAAUUUGUUAUAUUUUAAAACAUAAUUCGAUAAAACACCUAGAGGAUAUAUUCACUUAAAAGACUGUUUUGUUUCAAGUAUAUUUGCAGUAGAAAAUGAAAGAGAACAUGCAUUCUAUGUUGAGUCUCUUUCUCCUUAGAAAAAAUAUUAUUUUAGUGGAAUAACCAAAGAAGAAACAGAAUAGUGGAGAUAAGAAAUUUUGAAUGCAGCUAAAAUGGAUCAAAAAUAAGAAAUUAAAUAAUCCAUCAAUGAACAAGUCAAGCCUUACUUAAAUGAAAAGAAGGUUGAUAAAAAGAUAACGAAUUUAAAUUCAAGAGUUCCAAGAAUAAUGAAAUAUCAAGACUUUAAAUAGAAAGACUAUCCUUCUGACUUAAAUUCGAUUAGGCUAGUCCUGCACGAAGUUGAGAAUGAGAUAUCAGAAAAGUAAUUAAAAGAACACAAUAAAACAUGGCAUUUCGAUAAAUAUAGAAAUGGUGUUAAAUUAUUUGAAUCUGUUAGAAAGGUUUAAAAACCAUCAAUAAUUGUACCAUUUAUUCUUUAUGCAGUUUUCAUGAUUUUACUCUAAGGCUUAUUCACUGAAGACAUUGAUAGAUACUGUAGAUUAAAUUUUUAGCUCAGUCUUAUAAAAAAUAAAGCUAUCAUAAAUGCAAUUCUUACAUUUUUUAUAACUUUCAGGCUGUUUAUUAAGAAAUAAAAAUCUUCAAAGGUUUUUCAUCCAGAAAAUGAAAUAUUAGCUUAGAUUUUCAUCAAUGACUAUGCAGAUAACAUUUUUGGUUAUCUGAAGAAUUAGAGUUUUAGAAAGUAGAUUGAUUUUAACAUUCAAUCUUAUGAUAAAAUGCCUACUUCUAGCAAGAUAAUUAAAAAAUUUAGCUCUAAUCUCAUGUUUGACUGCAAACCUAAAGGAAAAAAUACUAUAAACACCUAUGAUAUUGUUUGCAAUUAAUCUAUUUAUAGAUUUAUUUUAAAUGACUUUAAAACUUAGUAUUAUUUGGUGAUAGAUUCUGAAGGCAAAGGAUUUAGAAUGAUAGAAGUAUUUUUGAUACUUCCUAAAUAAGAUGGUAGGUCAGAACUGAGAUAUUAUUGUGGAAUGACUAGCUCAAAACUUAGAAGUAUUGAAAAAAGUGUACUCAGAAAAAGAUCACAGCAACUAAUUGCUAUCAGAGACCUUAUUUAAGAAAAUAGUUUGUCUAAUUCCCAGAUUACAUCAGAUUCAAACGGUUAACAGUUGAGAGGAAUGGAUUCUUCUUUUUAAAUAAUGGGGGAAAUGGACCAAUCACUUGAUAUAAAAAAGGUAGAAAGGAACCAUGAUAUUUAGCCUUCAGUUAAUAAACAAAUUAAUAUUAGCUAGUAAUAAAGCUCAAGUUAAUUAUCUUUAUCGUAGCAAAAAAAAACAAUAACAAAAUACAAACUCUUAUGGUACACUUAAAAUUCGAUUUAUAAUGAUAAAAUAAAGAAUGAUUUCUCUGAUUAAAUUAAAAUCGUGCAGCUCCUAAUAAACAACUAAGUACCUAGCAGUGUAAAAAGAAUCCCUAUUGAAGAUAGAAAAUUAGGCUAUAAAAAAGUUAGUGAAGGAGGUAUUGGCUGUUACAAUAAGGAAGAAAUAAAAAGUUAGGAGGGUCUUAUAAUGGAAUUGAUUAAACGUGUUGGAAAAAGAUUAAUAGAAGGUAAAGAUGUAGUUUCAGUCUCUUUGCCAGUGAGGAUUUUCGAACCAAGAUCUACAAUCGAAAGAAUAUGUGACAAUUGGGCCUUUAUGCCAAUAUAUUUAAGGUUAGCUUCAAAUACACAAGAUGUAAUUGAGAGAUUUAGAUUAACUAUUGCAUUUGCAAUCGCUGGACUUUACAAUGUCUGUAAGUAGUUAAAACCGUUUAAUCCUAUUCUUGGUGAAACAUUUUAAGGCUAUUGGGCAGAUGGUACAAAAAUAGAAAUAGAGCACACUAGCCAUCAUCCUCCUAUUUCGCACUUUUAUGUGUAAGACUCUUAAAAGAAAUAUAAAUUCCAUGGACAUUACGAAUACAAGGCUAAACUGAAUAGUGCAAACUCGGUGCAGGGAUCAUAAGAAGGGCCAAAUCAUGUUAUUUUUUAUGAUGGACAAGAAAUUAUUUAUAGAUUCCCACCUUGCAAGAUUACAGGUUUGUUGUAUGGAACAAGAGUUUUAGAGUUUUAUGAGACAAUGAAUUUUGUAGAUUAGAAGAAUGAUUUAGAAUGUACUAUUUCAUUUGCAGAAGGCGCAAGCUUUUUUAGCAGAGCAGAAUUCCCCACUGACUACUUUACGUAAGUUUAAAAAGGAUUAUUAAUAAAACUAAGCAAAUAAUUUCAAAAAAUAAAUAAAAUUUUAUUUAUGUAAACUGUAAUUAAAAACUUUCUUUGUAAUAAAGAGGAACAAUAAAUCGUAUAUCUGACAAGGCAUAAAUAAUAAAUAAUGUCAAAGGUUCUUGGCUAGAGUAUUUAGAAUUUGAUGGUAAAAGAUAUUGGGACAUUCAACUUAUUACUCCAGCUAAUUUACUCUCUACCUCAGAUCCGCUUCCCUCAGAUUGUAGAUUUAGGGAAGAUCUUGUUUAUUUAGCAAAAAAAGAUCUUGACUAAUCUUAAGACUGGAAAAAUAAAUUAGAGGUAAUAUAGAGAAACGAUAGGAAGCUUAGAGCAGAGCACCAUGGACCAUCAAAACAUCAUUGAAAAUAAACUAAAUUUAUUAAAAAUAGAAAUGAAAAUAUAAUAAAUUUAUUUUUAAACAUACCACAACUUUAGAAAUUUUAAAGUAUUCUACUAUUUAUUCAGUUAUUUGUGCUUAAAUAUUUAGUUUUACUUUACAUUAUAUUACACAUGUAAAAUUUAUGAAUAACUUUAAAAUGAUGAUAUAAAACUUUAUCAGCUCAUUUGA